AUGAAUGAUGUGGAAAAGCAGGUCUCGUUGAUCCACGAAACCGCCAACAGAUUGAUCAAAUGGGGUGCACACAGUAAAGCUUGGGGUAUUCAAAUCCAGCAACCCAAAUUAUGUUAUUGGAACAGGCUACGUGAAGUAGCUGCCAGUCUUGCCUUCCCACUCGUCCUGGACCACAUGGGUCUCUUCAAGGCGGCCAGUAUGGCACCAGCCGGCUCGACUCCCGUCACGCAACAAGCAGAGUGGCAAGACUUUAUGGGAGCUCUGCGCGACGGAAACCUAUGGAUCAAGAUCUCUGCCCCGUAUCGCAAUUCCCGGGCGGCUCCUCACUUUGAGGACUUGUACGAUAUUGUCACCCAACUCGUGAGAGCACGCCCUGAUCGAGUCGUGUGGGGGAGCGACUGGCCGCAUACUCAACGACAUGAGGACAGGAGACCUGAGAAUAUCGGCAAGCAGGAGCCUUUUUUGGUGGUUGACAAUCAGAGCUGGAUAGUGUCUCUUAGCACGUGGUUGAGCGAAGAUGAAUGGCAGGCUCUAUGGGUUGAGAACCCUCGCAAGUUAUAUGACUAUUAUUCAUAG